AUGGGAGGUGCAAUGGGUGGUGCCAUGGAUGGUUACAUGAACAUGAUUGGAGCUUCCAUGAAUGGUGCAUUUGGCGGAAACAUGGGAGGUGGAUUCGGUGGCAACAUGGAAGGUGGCUUUGGCGGCAUGGGAGGUGGCUUUGGCGCAAACAUGGGAGGUGGCUUUGGCGGCAUGGGAGGUGCUUUUGGCGGCAACAUGAUGGGUGGCUUGGGAGGUGGCUAUGGCGGCAACAUGAGUGGCAUUGGAGGUGGAUAUGGCGACAACAUGGGACGGAAUGAAGAUGCUUCCGGUGGUGCUCACGGCAACGAGAGUUCACCGCUUGUUGAGAACGUCGACAAAGACGGUGGUGGAGAUGAUGAUCGUACCACGGUUCACAACGCCGGUGGUGUUGAUGACCCGCAUGAGUAA